GACCGGGUCCGCCCAAUCAUUGGAGCAGAGCAUGAUUGGGAGCCUGAUAUUUUACUGCCUUUACCCGUUAACACGGCUUAUAAACUGCGUCACAGAACCCUUGAAAAAGUCUCCCUCUGUGUCCAUUAAUGGCAAGGAGGUGUGGGAUGGUGAAGUCCCUUCCAGAAGGUUUACUAAAACGCAGGCAGCCCUGCUGGAUCUGUGGCUCAGUACAGGCAGCGGCCCCCCAAAGGCCAAGAAGGAUCCCGGGAGAGUGACUGGGGAAUGGUUGAAGGAGAACGGUGCACUAGAAAAGGAGAAGAGUAAAGAGGCAGAGAUGAAGAAAAGCACUGUGAAAGAGGUGAUGUGUUCUGAACCAGAGACAGCCAGGGAAGAGCCUGUAUUAGUAACUCUGGAGGGUGGGCUGCCUGGGGGAGUGAAGGAAGAGGUGAGAGAAGGAAAGAAGGAGGCAGAGGGGAGAGACGGAGUGGAGGAGGACAGGGUCAGAGUGGAAUCUCCCCAGCAGCAGGACCAGGAGCAGACUAUCCUCCACUCAGAGAAGCUCAAGAGGGAUGAUGGCGUGCAUGAGGCUCCCUGUUCCCCCACAGAGGAGUCUGAGAACAGUAACCCAGCACUGGAGCUAACAACAGAGACAUCUGAAGUACAGAAUCCAUCAGUCAAGGACAGCAGGACAACAGAAGAUAGAGCGAUGGCCCAUGUCCUGUUAGAACAGAUAGUGGAAAAGAUGAGCAUGGGAGAGUCAGGAACCAUGGCCCAGGUGCAAAAACCAAAGGGGGAGAGCCAGACUGCAGCAGGGCUAGACUUGAGCUCUUUUGUAGACCCACAUGCAAGCACUGGUGAAGUGCCUGCUGAGAUAUGGGAUGUUGGGCUGGACCUGGUCUCCCUUCUCUAUGAGGCAGAGGCCCAGACACAGCCAUGGAAGAGUAGGGCUCAGCCCCCACCCAAGGGCUGGCAUUUCUACAUCGGCCCUGGCCUGGAAGAGGUGUUGUUCUGCCCUUCCAGAGUAUUCCCAGGCAUGAGCUACUACCCACAUUCGCUGGAGAGAGGGGCCUUCGAAGUGGUGUGGAGGAUGUGGGAGGAACUGAGUGAGACCCACACAGCGCCAGAGCCUCCCCAGAGUACCCCCUCAGAGCCACGGCCCCUGUUUGACUUCACUGUGAUGUCCUACAACAUCCUGGCCCAGGACCUGCUGGAGGCCAACCAGGAGCUGUACACACACUGCCCUCUAGAGGUGUUGAGCUGGGACUACCGCUUCCCCAAUCUCACACAGGAGUUCAAGAAAUGGGAACCAGAUAUCCUGUGUCUGCAAGAGGUCCAGGAGAACCACUUUACAGAGCAACUCCAUCCUGUCCUUCGUGACAUGGGCUACACCUGUGUUUACAAGCGGCGCACCGGCACCAAGACUGACGGCUGUGUGGUUUGUUACCGCGGCAACCGUUUCUCCCAGGUGUCAGAGAGUCUGCUGGAGUUCUACAGGCCAGAGUGUGAGCUGCUGGACCGAGACAACGUGGGCAUUGUCCUGCUGCUCCAGCCAAUUAUCACACAGGGGUCAGAAGUCACUGCCAAGGGCCCGCCCCUCUGUGUGGCAACCACCCACCUCCUGUUCAACACCAGGAGGGGCGACGUGAAGCUGACCCAGCUUGCCAUACUACUGGCAGAGAUCGACUGCAUCGUGAGGAACUGCAAGGUGAAGGGAGAGCACUGCAAUGUUGUUCUAUGUGGGGACUUCAAUGCUCUGCCCAACAUGCCACUGUACCAACUGAUCACUACAAGACGGCUUUACUAUCAUGGUUUACCUGCCUGGAUGAUAUCAGGUCAAGAGGACCUGUCCUACAACAUCCAUCAUAGGAGGGUAUUCGCUCCCCUUUGGCCAAGCACCGUGGGCAUCGAUGACAACUGCCAGUACACAACUGUAAAUGAGCCAAAGAGUCAAGUCACGUCAACCCAGAGUCCAGAACCAGGGAACCUGCAGUACAACCAUGACUUCCUCCAUCGGCUGCGUUUCUGUGAGGCUGCCUGUGUCCGGCCACAGGACCUGGAGCUCAUCCCAGGGGUCACUGACAACACACCUGAUCCUGAGGACAAGCAUCCUUAUGCAACAAGGUUCAGACAGACUAUCUCCCAUAACCUGAACCUGCGGUCAGCCUACGGCCACUUCAUACCUGGAACAGACCGUGCUGAGGUGACCACACUGCACUCCGAGGUUGGAGCUACGGUCGACUACAUCUUCUACUCUCCAAGGCGUGGCAGUUCUGGUGCUGAUCAGAAAGCUGGAGGUCAACGGCAGAGCAGAGGUCUGAAGCUGCUUGGUCGUCUCUCCCUCCUAUCAGAGGAGGACCUCUGGACAAUGAAGGGUUUACCCAAUGAAAUGUUCCCCUCGGACCAUCUCAGUCUCCUGACCAGGUUCCAGCUGGACCUAAACCCUGUGUGAUUUGGGCUGUCUGUGGUCAAUGAAGAAUCAGGAGGACAGAGGUCAAGCAUUUAAAAAAUGUUGUUCAAACCUUA